GUGCCGCGCACCGUGCGGAAUAAAGUCAAAACUCCCGUCGUUUUUGUGCUGCACACAGCGAAGAAAACGAAGCCCACUGGAGAAGUUCCCCAGUAUGGACUAACAUGAGAUAGCAUUCGCGACAUUGCUGAGGGAGUUUCUGCCAUUUUUUUUUUUUGCCCCCUACACGAAUGGUUAUAUAAAUGUAGUGACGGAGAAUAGGGGGCUUUUAAGUGCACCACGUUAAGCAACAGAGGAAUUAGUAUUUUUGCCAGGCUAAUAUCGUUGGUGUGGCGACAGCUCGGGCGGUAGGUAGGCAAACACAUUACCCCCUAGUAAACGGAUCUACUCGGACCUGAAAGUGGACUAACUAAAAGGACGAGUUGUUGGAUCUCUGCUGCUGCUGAUUUUAAAAAGUUGCCCGGCGGUGAGGUGCAGCCACGCCGGGGGGGUGGGGGGGGGAAAAAGGCACAGCGCGACGGCCGCUACUCUCCGGCUAUAGCUCGCCUGCUGCUGCUUCUGUAUCUGGACUCGAGGCCUUGUUGGUGUGGCGACAAUGCUCGACAUAAUGUCCGAGCAUCAAGAUUCACUUUUGUCGUGUAAAACGGAACCUUUGCCCCCUGAGAGGAAAAAGAGGACGGUUGAGGACUUCAACAAGUUCUGCAGCUUCGUCCUGGCAUAUGCCGGCUACAUCCCCAGUUCAAAAGAGGAAAGUUCAUGGUCCCCAACAUCAUCAAGUUCUGCACACAGUUCAGGGUUGUCAGCUGAUGGAGGUGGUGGAGGAAGCUGCUCAACAGGCAACACUUGGGCAGAUGGAAGCUCUGACAUCCACACCAUCCACACAUUUGUCCGUAAAGCCCGGGCGAAUAAGGGCAAAAACAUCCGCCGUAUGCACUCUGAUAGCACUCUACUGGACAAGAUGCGCCUUAAAGACUCCUUAUACGAGAGCCAGGCAAGCAGUAAGGCAGAGCGGAAGAAGGACAAAAAACUUAAAAAGUUGUCGCUGGGUUCUGCCAUGACAGCGGUAGAUAGUGGCAGCAGCGAAGGCGAGAAAAGAGCACGCAUUAAACGCAGCAAAAACUCAAAACAGCCCAAACCUAAGAAGCUCAAAAGUUCAACUGCUCAAAGCGAGACAGACUCUGAGGCACGGCACUCGCAUGCAGAGGUACGACCUGGUAGAGACGAGCUGAUGGGACACGGGGGCUCCAACUCAAGCGUGCGGGGGUUGGGGAAGAUGCAGCCGGAUGAGUCGAUGAGGGAAGCAGACAUGAGCUCCAGUGAGGGUGAGACAUGGAUCGCAGAUGAAGACAUCAUGGUGGAGUCAGGGGAUGAUUCAUGGGACUUGAUCACCUGUUACUGUGGGAAGCCCUUCGCAGGACGACCGAUGAUCGAAUGCAACCAGUGCGGCAUAUGGGUGCACUUAUCAUGCGCCAAGAUCAAGAAAUCCAACGUUCCAGACAUCUUUUACUGCCACAAGUGCAGGGACACGAGGCGGUCGGGAAACAAAAAAGACACUUAGAUAUGAAGAGGAUGGGAGGGACAUUUCGCACUCCCCCAGUUUUUGCUGUCCUCCUGACACUUGUUUUCUUUGAUGCCUACAGCCAAAACAGCCUAAAUUAUCACCUGGAUGACGACUGUAUUGUCACUUGUUAGGAUUUCUUUUUGACAAUCAACCAUUCUUAUUUAUCCCUCACUUUCUUCUUACUUUUCUUUGGCUACAGAGAAGAACUGGACACAAGGCAGCAGUGGCGAUGAUUUCUUUUUAAUAAUAAAUACCUUCAAUAAUUGGCUUUCUUGUCUUAGAUUGUGCUGUUAAGGUGAAUUCUGGCUCAUUAUUUCUUGAGGAUAGCGACUAAUCAGUUACUAUUUUUUCUUUCUAGUGACUCAAGGAAUUCCAUUUUCAGUUUGACUUUAAAUCAAUGCAAGUUGUCAAAAUAUACAGUCGAAGAGCGGGAAAAUGUCACUCCUGUUAUUUGUUUAGAGGUUUGUCAUGAUGCUAGGUGGGCAGCUCGUCUGAUUUCUAUUGUAUUUUUGUCUGAGUUUGCAUUUUUCUUUUGGUCGUCAGUGAUGAUCACUGAACUUAAAAUGUAGAGAUACUCUAGAGUAAGUGAUCUUUGAGUUUAUCUAAUCUGUCUAAAUUGAUUGUUAAGCAUCUAAACUGCUGCAUUUCAAAUUGCACACAGACAAUUCUUUGGGCAGUGCACUUUAAAAAAAAAAAAAAAAAGAAGAAAAAAAAAAACCCUAUUACCAUUCCCGGUGCGUUAACGGAUGGUACUUCUCAGAAGUAGAGCUGCGGCUAAUUAAAUCUGAACUUGGUUAGCAUGUCGCUGUAUACUUUCAUGAUUGAGCGCUUAAUGUUUCUGCCUGUCUGGCUUGUUUAAUCAAUCAUUGAUAGCCAUUUUGUUUUUACCAUGAACAACAUUUACAUUGUUUAUUUUUGUUUCAUGUGUUUUUUGUUUUCCAUGUUCAUCUUAAAUGAGGGGGUAAUGUUGCUGUAAGACUUGAGGUUCAGCAGUGCUUUACACGAUCACAGUGGCUCUGAGGCUUGUUUAUGAAUGGUUGUACAAAAAAGUAUUUGUUUUUCUGUUUCAUGUAAACGUUUAUUUCUUAGCUUUCUGAGAGGCGGGAUUAGAGAUGCGCCUGCAUAAGAGAAUGGACGUAAGAUUGUCUCACCUUGAGAACAAAGUUUGUAGUGUACAGAAAAGAAGUUGAAACCGUGUAGGUUUGCGGCAUUUGUUUAUGUUGUUUGGUUUUACCAUGUGCUUUUUUUUUUUUUUUUCUUUUUGUUGGUGGGAGUGUCGGUAAGUCUCCAGUAGCAGUUGCACUCUCUCUAUGACUUUAAUUCUGUGUACAUAUCUUGUUCUUUGACAACUGUACAUAUGUGAAAGUGAAGAGAGAAAAUACCCGAGCAAAAUCUAUAUUUUCUGCAGUCUGAUAUUGUUUUCUUUAACUGUAGCUUGAAAAAUAAAAGUCUUUGGGAACAUAA